GACUCACGGGUUAUGGGCGUGAGUCUCACUCUCCCUGUCUCAGAGAAGGCGUAUAGAAGCCCAACAUGGAUCUGCCUGUGCCUUAGGUUUUUGGUGAGCUUCAUGGUGGAUGCCCGGGGAGGCUCCAUGAGGGGGAGCCGUCACAAUGGCCUGAGGGUGGUGAUCCCGCCCCGGACAUGUGCCGCCCCUACUCGUAUCACCUGCCGCCUGGUCAAGCCCCAGAAGCUGAGCACGCCGCCCCCACUGGCCGAGGAGGAGGGCCUUGCCAGCAGGAUCAUCGCGCUGGGACCCGCUGGGGCCCAGUUCUUAAGCCCUGUGAUCGUGGAGAUCCCCCACUUUGCCUCCCAAGGCCGUGGAGACCGUGAACUCGUGGUGCUGCGCAGUGAAAACGGCUCCGUGUGGAAGGAACACAAGAGCCGCUAUGGAGAAAGCUACCUGGAUCAGAUCCUCAACGGGAUGGAUGAAGAGCUGGGGAGUCUGGAGGAGCUGGAGAAGAAGAGGGUCUGCCGCAUCAUCACCACCGACUUCCCCUUGUACUUCGUGAUCAUGUCACGGCUCUGCCAGGACUACGACACCAUCGGCCCUGAAGGGGGCUUUCUGAAGAGCAAGCUGGUCCCCCUGGUGCAGGCAACGUUCCCAGAAAACGCUGUCACCAAGAGAGUGAAGCUGGCUCUGCAGGCCCAGCCUGUACCAGAUGAGCUUGUCACCAAACUCCUGGGCAACCAGGCCACGUUCAGCCCCAUCGUCACCGUGGAGCCACGGCGCCGGAAGUUCUAUCGCCCCAUUGGCCUUCGGAUCCCACUCCCUCCUUCCUGGACAGACAACCCGAGGGACAGCGGGGAGGGGGACACCACCAGCCUGCGCCUACUCUGCAGUGUCACUGGAGGAACAGACCAAGCCCAGUGGGAAGACAUAACGGGGACGACCAAGCUCGUGUAUGCCAACGAGUGUGCCGCCUUCACCACCAACGUCUCUGCCAGGUUUUGGCUGUCAGACUGUCCUCGCACUGCUGAAGCCGUGAACUUCGCCACCCUGCUGUACAAGGAGCUCACCGCAGUGCCCUACAUGGCCAAGUUCGUCAUUUUUGCCAAGAUGAAUGACCCCCGGGAAGGGCGUCUGCGCUGCUACUGCAUGACAGACGAUAAAGUGGACAAGACCCUGGAGCAGCAUGAGAACUUCAUUGAGGUGGCUCGGAGCAGGGACAUAGAGGUUUUGGAAGGAAUGCCCCUUUUCGCGGAACUCUUUGGGAACCUGGUGCCCGUCAAAAAAGCUGCCCAGCAACGGAGUUUCCUCUUCCAGUCGUUUCGGGAGAACCGUUUGGCCAUACCUGUAAAGGUGAGGGACAGCAGUCGAGAACCAGCAGGGUCCUUGUCAUUUCUGCGCAAGGCGAUGAAGUAUGAGGACACCCAGCACAUUCUCUGUCACCUGAACAUCACCAUGCCCCCCUGUACCAAGGGUGCCAGGCCCUCAGAGAAGGGAGCCCUGGUGUCUCAGCCACUGCAAACACCCAGAUUUUUGAGCUCAGCAAAAGCGUCUUGACCAAGU